AGAUAAUAGAUCCAUUGAGUACCAGUUUGUCACGUUUUUUUGUAGCAAUCCUAGUACUAGUAGUUGCCCCAUAGAUAAAUGGUUAAGUCAUUCUUAUGAACGAAGCAUACAAGCCAGAUUAUCAAAAAAUAUGCCUGAGUCUAUGCGAAGACUGCCUGCUUCGGAUGUCCCGAUGGGUCGUAGUAAUUUGCGUCCAUCGAUAGGCCUAAACCAGAAUUGGUUUGUCCCAGCCCCUAGGAUUGGACAUAGUGCGAAGCUGGCUACUAAAGCCGUAGGCCAUCAGUCCAUCUUGCAUGCCGAUCAGUCGAGGAUUAGUGAGCGAGAGUAUCCGCGGGUCUCCGAAAAUGUUGCUGCCGUUCCAGGAGGUC